CAAUUAAAAUGUCAGAUGAACACUUAUCCCUUUCGUUGACAAAGGAAUCAAUUUCGUGUAGAAGAAACCGCGUCAGUACUAGCAGGACCUCGGCUGUGAUAAAUUUGCAAUUAAGCGGCCACUGCUACUACAAUUUUUCCUGUAACUAAGAGUAAAAAUCAUUGAAAACUUAUUUGGAGUUGAGUAGAAUCAAGAAGAAUUACAAAGAAACUAUCAGUGAAAGAAUGAGUCAAUUUAAAUUGAUGAACAGCCUAACAAUCUUUCCCUUGGAGCUUUAAAUGUCGGAGCGCGUAACUUGUGGUGGCCAAGAAUGGAGACAUCUCAGAACCAUGGGAGUUCAAAUGGGACCGCCAGAUUCUACAAUGAACCUCCCCAUGAGCUUGAGUCCUAUUUGUUAACUCCAUUAGAUAAUCUAGAUCUCUAUACAAGCUAUGAAGGUGGUAUUACACAAUUCUCUGUUCAAACACCUGAACAGCACAGCACCAUUGAAUCAUCCACAGGAAGUGGCAGCUUUCUUGCUUAUAAUUCUCCUUCUACUGUCAAUUUUUCGCCCAACGGCAGUCCUGUUUGUCAGCAGGAGCAUUCAUCAGAUAUGAAUCAUUCAAGUUACAGCAACUGUUAUUUGGAUUCGAACAGGUCUCAUUCAGUGGAUAAUGUUAAUGACCUGGAGCACAAAUUAAGAGAACUGGAGAAUGUUAUGCUGGGGCCUGAAACUCAAAUCUUGGAUGCACAAAAUACCAUUUCAGGUGCAGUUAAUCAAAAUUCACUGGAGGCACAGUUGUCCCAGCAAGCGGUAGAGAUGAUCCAGAGAAGGAACUUAAAAGAGAUUAUGGCUGCCUGUGCAAAAGCAGUUUCAGAUAAUGAUUUAUUGACCUGUGAGUGGUUGAUGUCUGAAUUACGCUCAAUGGUUUCAGUUUCUGGAGAACCACAGCAGCGGUUAGCAGCCUACAUGCUGGAGGGGUUGGUUGCAAGAUUAUCCUCGUCGGGAAGCUCCAUCUAUAAAGCGCUAAGGUGUAAAGAGCCCACCAGUAAUGAGCUCCUGUCUUACAUGCACUUUCUCUAUGAAAUCUGUCCUUAUUUCAAAUUUGGAUAUUUGUCGGCAAACGGGGCCAUUGCAGAUGCAAUGAAAGAUGAAAAUAAGAUACAUAUAAUUGAUUUUCAGAUUGCUCAGGGCAGCCAGUGGAUCACUCUGAUCCACGCUCUUGCUGCUCGGCCUGGUGGGCCUCCAGACAUCCGCAUUACUGGAAUAGACGAUCCUACAUCAGCUUAUGCCCGAGGGGGUGGGCUUGAAAUUGUGGGUCAGAGGCUAUCAAUGAUAGCGGAAUCAUGUAAA